CUGUGACAGUAAAAUGGUUAGAAGAACAAAAGCCAAUAGGAGGAAAAAAUCUGCAAAGUCAAAGAAAGGAGAUGAAACUUUGGUGCAAGCUAAGCAAACAGAUAAGGAUAUUAUAGUCCCUGGUUCUGAAGAUAGAAAGGUAGAACAAGGAGAGAGCAAUGCAACAAUUACUAGUGAAACAUGUGAAAACAAAGUAGAACCUGCUAGUGAAACAUGUGAAAACAAAGUAGAACCUGCUAGUGAAACAUGUGAAAACAAAGGAGAACCCGCUAGUGAAACAUGUGAAAACAAAGUAAACUCUUCUGGUAAAAACAAAGUACAACCUGCUGAUAAAAAGAAGAAGAGGAAGAAAAUUAAUAGUCCUGAAUCAGAUAUAAUUAAAAAGGAAAAUGCAGGUCCUACAAAACCCUUUGUUUGUGAGCAAUGUCCAUCUGUUUUAAAGAAUGCAAAAUCUUACAGGGAGCACAUGAGAAGGAUUCACAAAGAGAAGAACCACAAGUGCAAGGAUUGUGGAAAGCUCUUCCUAUAUGAAUGUGUUCUAAGAGAACAUUCUCUGAUGCAUACAGGAGAGACUCCCCAUCAAUGUCCUAAAUGCCCAAAGAAGUUUCGCACCAAGAGCAAUCUGACUAGACAUUUAAUUGUACAUGGUAUAUGUAACGAUUCACGAGCACUGUACAAAAGUCAAUGUGAUAUCUGUGGCAAAUUGGUCCGUUUUGCCUCCAAUUUAGUGGCUCAUAGAAAGUCUCAUGGGGAGGAGAGGCCUUUCAUGUGUGUGGAAUGCGGAAAACAAUUUAAAACUAAAGCACACCUAGAUCUUCAUAUGGCUUAUCAUCUUGAUUAUAAACCGCAUGCAUGUGAGACAUGUGGAAAGAGCUUCCAUGACAAGUCAAAUUACAAAAAACAUCUACUGAUUCACAAGGCAGACAAACAUUUUAAAUGUAACAUUUGUGAUUGGGCUUUUGUAAGAAAAGAUCAAUUAAAAAUGCAUCAGCGCACUCACACUAAACUUUCCUUCCAGUGUACAGAAUGUGACAAGAAAUUUAAGACAGAGGCAUACUUCAAGACCCAUUUAUCACAGCAUGCAAUGGGAAACAAUUUUGUGUGUUUUGUCUGUGACAAGGUUUACAGCAGCAAGUCUAAUCUAAAAAUGCAUAUGAAAAAGUGCCAUGGAUCUUCCAUGUCAGUAAGCUCCACUGCUGAAAGGGAAGGGAAGUUAACCAUUGUGAAGAAGGAGGUCAUGGAACAAGGUAAAGGAAACCAAGGGAUAACAGUUAUUGUUGUGAAUGGAAUAAAGAAUGAACUGUCUCUUCCAACAGAUAGUGAAGUAGGCUCUGAUGAACAGAAAAUAGAAAACGCUGUGGAGGACAACUCUAAAUCACAAGACCCUCUUCAACAAGGCCUUAGGAAGGAAAACAGGAAUAGUCCCAGAAAAGAUGAAAUAAUGCAAGAAUCAUUGCCAACUCAUGAACGGAACUUGGGAUAUUAUGCAGAAGCAGAUGAAUUAUCCAAUAAAUCUGAGAUUAAUCUGGAAAACCAAGCCAUUCUGGAAGAUAACAUUACAAAAUUACAGGAGAUGUCAGGAAAACAGGAUAUCACCAAAUUAACACCCAGCAUUGUAAUGGUACAGAACAAUGUGGAACCUAAAGGGGAAGCUGAAGAUGCCAAGAUUGCCUUCAAAACAACACUAGAAACAAAAGUGUUGGAAGCAGAUACAAAAGAAAUCCUUGAAGACAAUGAAAUGGAGACUUCCACACAUGGGACUCAGAUGGUUGAUAGCGCAGUGAAUCCCACUGACACUAGCUUGGUUGAUAGUGAAAUGCAGCCAACUUCUACCACUUUGGUUGAUAGUGAAAUGGAGCCUGUUGCUACCAGUUUGGUUGAUAGUGAAAUGGAGCCUGCUUCUACCAGCUUGGUUGAUGGUAAAAUGGAGCCUGCUGUGACAUGUACUAGUUUGGUUGACAGUGAACUGCAGCCUACUGCUACAAGUAUUGCAACUGGUGUGAAAUGUAUUCAGGUCUACAUUGAUGGUCAGUUAUGCACCCUUACAGGAGUACAGUCAGAUAAUGGGCAAAAUUCGUGUUCAUAGGCUUCACAGAUUUGAAACAGUAAUGACAAUGUCCCUUUUCAAUCAUUUUCUUUUUUGGAGGGGGGUGAAUUUUAAAUCAUCUUUCUCUAAGUUGAAGAGUUACUAGCUCACCUGAGAAGGAUUGCCAUGUAAACUUUUUUUAUUUUAUCUUCUUAACCAGAAGCACUUGCUUUUUUGAAUCAAUUUCAGUGUUGGCAGUCAGGUGACUUUUUGCCAUCUGUAUUUUGUCUGUCGCCAUGUGUUGUUUGUUGUGUGUUAAUAUUUGAAAAUUUUCAGCUCCUUCUCUGAAACCACUGAAGCAAUUUCAGCUAAUUUUAGCAUAUGGCGUCCAUGGGUGAAGGGAAACAAAAUUUUUGAAUUUAACAGUCCCUGUUCUCCUGGCCUGAACCUCUAAAAUUAAUGCAAUCUUUAACAAUCUUCUUCUUUACUCUUGGACAUCAAGGCAUGAAUGUAAUAAGGAUUGAGAUCUCUACCAAAAUUGUGAAACUCAUGGCCCAAGGGUCAGGGGUUCUAGUGUUAGGGCAGGAUUAUAUAGAUAUAUAGUGAAAAUGCAUCAUUUAUUUGAAAAUCUUCUUCUCUGUUCCUGCGUAUUAAAUAAAUUAUCUAAGUACAUAGUUAUGAGAAGCAAGAGUGCCUCUUCCACAAUUGUUAAUUUUAUGGCCCCUGAGUCAGGGGUUCUAGUGUUAGGGCAGGACUCUAUUGAUUAUUUAGUGAAAAUACACUAAUUAUUUGAGUUUUUGUUUUCUGCUCCUGGGUAUUAAGCAGAUGAACUAUCUAUAUAGCUGUAGUGAUUGAGGACCCUCCUUCAAGAAUUGUGAAUUUAAAUGCCCCUGGGUCAGGGGUACAAAGAGGGGGUCUACUUCAAUACUGAAAAUGAAUUGUUUGAAAUCUGGUCCUUGGUAUAUGUGUGUUAAUCAAACAUUUUUGAUAAGCAAGGGUGCCCUUUGACCUAGGGUCAGGAGUUCAUGUAUUGGAGGGCACUACUGAUUAUUGCUGAAAAUUAUAGCUGCAGAUCUGUAGCUCUCCGAAAAAAAUAUUGAUAGAACGGAGAGCUACAGUGCCACCCAUUGAAAAAACUGUACAUUUAUUGUGCACAAAAAAGUGUGCUCGAUUCUUGAUUAAUUCUUCCAAAUUCUUACCUCAAUUGCAAAAAAUGGAAGAUUUCAAAAAUUUCCUCUCUCCUCUAUCAAGUUCUCUCGUAGUUGACAUUUGAACGAAGCAUAUUGGACCGAAUUACCUUUGAAACCAAAAUGGCAGUAUAAAUAAGCGAAAUGUUCGAUGAUUGCAAUAUCAGGGCUAGGAGGACUAUUAACAACAAUUAUGAGGAAUGUUUUGUUGUGGAAAGAGUCAAAGAAUAUGUUAGGAACACAGAGUUAGUAAUAUUUUGAGAUUACAGUUUUAAAACCAUGGAGAAAUAAAUCGAGAACCGAGCACAUUUUUUUGUGCGCAAUAAAUAUACAUUUUUUUCAAUAGGUGGCUCUGUAGCUCUCCGGUCUAUCAAUAUAUAUUUUUUCGGAGAGCUACAGAUCUGCAGCUAUGAAAAUUACUGAUUACUUGAAAUGCAUUUUUUGUUCCCCUACCCUGCCUAUAGGUAUUAAGUAACCAAGCUAAGCAAUUGCUAAGUGUAUAUUUAUGAUGAGCAAUGGUGCCUCUUUCAAAAUUGUGAAUUUCAUGGCAUUUAUUAGUUUAAAACAUGAACCAAAUUCAAUCAUUGGAAAGUUGUUGUAUGAUGCUCAGGGCCUCUUGUUUUAAUGAAGGUUCACUGUCUCUUCCAUGUGAAGAUAAUGAAGAAAAAGUAAAAAAAAAAUGUGUGAGUCAUUAAAAUUUUCAAGAACUACUAUGCCUGAAAAAACAAAACUAAUGUGAAAGCUUCGUGAUAGUGUAGAUUCAAGUUUAUACAAAAUUAAUGAUGAUCCCAUUCCAGUGGAGAAACUAAGGGUGAUAAAGAACUUCAAAAAUCUUCUCAAGAACAGCAAUGCCAUGAUCAUGUCGAUCCAGAUUUUUUUUUUCAAAUCAUGGUCCCUAAGGUUCCCUAAUAUGAUAUGGCCACUAUGGCUUAUCAUAGAUUUAAAUGUCAUCGAGUAUGAAUUGGAAAAUUCUUUAAAUUUUAAGAUCUUCUGAAGAAGAAUAGAAAGAAAGUGGCUAAUCAUAUUUUAAUAUACACAGCAUUUUCAGGUAGAGUAGAUUCAAGUGUGUUUAAACCAUGACCCCUGAGGACAGAAUGGGGCCACAAUGGUAAUAAAAUUUUAUAUGGAAAUAUGUAGGGAAAAGAAUUUGCUAACAAACAAAAAGGGCCACAGUUACUCGGGUGAGCAUCAUGGCCUAUAGGCCUCUUGUUAGACAAAAAUACAAAUGAAAUAUUUUAUCAUAUUUAUACCACAUUGAAUAGAAAUGAGGAUGUGUGUGUGUGUGUAAAAAAGAACAUUGUAGUUUCAUAGUACAUGUAUGUGUAUCUAAUCAUUUUACUCUUAAGAUAAUUUUUUCAAGAAAGUCUGUCAAAUGGCAUGAUCAGUACCAGUAUAAAAUGGAUUUUUUGUGUUUGUUGAAAAGUAAUUGGAAUGGAUUUUUUUUUCAUCUAUGAAAAUCUACUCAAGAUAAAAGUCAACCAUUUAGGAAGCAGUUUAGUAUUGUAACAGUUCUGUGUUUGUUUUGUUUUUUUAAUUAUAAAUAUUAACAUAAUGUUUAUGCCUUUUAUAUUCAUUUC